CAGUCAGCUCACAAUCCCUAGCUCAGUUCCCCUGUUAUCCAAAAUCCCUAGUUUUGUUCCCCUCGCAGCGCUCGUCGCCGCCGCCGCCCACCGCUCGCCGUCGCCAUCGCCCAGCGCUUGCCGCCGCCCACCGCUCGCCGUCACCAUCGACCACCGCUCGCCGCCGCCCAUUGCCUUCGUCCUCGUCGCCCGCCAUGUCCAGCAGCAGUUCUGCCCAAUCUGGACGUCGCGGGAGGACAGUGGUGGUGCCGCUCAUCUCAUGCCCUCGCUGCGGCUGCCUAUUGAGGUUCUACGUGUCCAACACGGAGGAGCAUGACGGAUGGGUGUUCUACAGAUGUGUGAAGCAAGGAUGCGUUUUCUGGCAUUGGGAGAGGGAAUACGUGGCCUACCUUGUAGAUCAUCGUUUUCUUGUUGGGCAUGAAGUUGUUGAUGCAAUUGGAGCAACAGAAGAUAGGAGGGAACAUCUUGAGAGAGAAAGAGAAGAAAGAAGAAGGGUUGCAGAGAGAAAUGCAAGUCAGAGGAUAGGUAUGCAGAUGCAGGACCAGCCUGGAGCUAGCAUGAACAUCACCAGGGCAGAAGCUCGUGCACUUCUUAAUUUAGGUGUGCAGAUGAUGUUACUGUUGAAACUGCUACUUGGUGGUGUAUUGGUGCUUGUUGUGUUAUGUGUCAUGCUGCUGAUGAAGAAAUGAAGCUGGUAGCUCUGAUGAAGAAGUGUGGUAGCUUCAAGUAGACCUAGUGGUAGUAGUAGUUGAUGAAGAAGUGAAAUGUCAGUAUGAUGGUUGUAGCAGUUGAUGUAUGAACUGGUAGCUCUGAUGUAUGAACCUUUUGUAUGAUGGUUUGUCUCUAAAGUUCAAUAAAUUGUUGAUGGAAUGA